AUGGGAGAUUUAAAUAAUAAAUACAAGGAAAAUGAAGAAGAAUGUAAUAUUGAUGGAGAUGAAGACAAUUCUUCCAUUGAAGAAAAGUAUUUAUUAAUUAAUGAAUUACCCGAUUGGCAAUUAAUUGAUGAAAUUAGUAUUAAAUUAUUAGAACAAGGCAUUGGAAUAUUUGAAACAUUACAACAAGCACUUCCCUCUGUCGUAUUAGCACAAAUUAAUAAAGUAAUUUUAGAUGAAGAAAAACUAAAAAAUGAAGAAGAAAAUAAACAAAAUGUCUGUACAUCCUCACAAAUUUUAAAAUUAUUUCGUCUAGCCCAAUUCCAAAUAGAAUAUUUACUAAAAAGUCAGCAAGAAAUGGUUGUUAAAGUUGAAAAAAUGGAAAAAUUGGCUAAAAGAUAUAAAAAAGAAAAUAAAAUAAUUAAAGAACAAUUUUGUUAUGGACCUAAUAAUGAAGUUGAAAAUGAAGGAGAAAAAACUGGAGAAAAGAAAAAUAAGAAAAAUAUUGAAGAAUGUAGUCAUUGGAAGAGAGAAUUAUUUAGGGUUAAUUUAAUUAAACUUUAAUACCCUUUAUAUUUUCUGAGAAAUUUACUAAAUAUUCACACGUGUGUGGGACUUUUGAAGGAGGAAAGGUUUACAAAGAUAGCCCUCUCCUCCUUUCUUACUUGGUGAAUUAUUUGUCAGUACCUGCAUAUAGUAAAGCAACUGGGCUAUAGCUAUUUCUCUCCUUUAGCUAGUGCAAAAGGUUAAUCGACGGACACAUCAGUCCGGUCUUCAAUAGACCGGACUGAUGUUUUAGCCAUUAAAUCACGCCACCUACUGCACCUUAGGAAUUAAAUAGCUACUUUACAAUAUUAUGGAAUUCUCAAGGUGUGACCGGAAAGUGUAUUAGUUCGAUUUCUAAUUAUCUCCAUGCCCUUUCCAAUCUACUGUGCUUUUCCGGAGCCAUUUAAAAAUAGACUUUCGAAACAAAGGAUGUUGAAACAAAAUUUUUAAAAAGUGGAAGAAAUCAAAUAAGAUUAAAAGACGGAAAGUGGAGGAGUAAAAAAAGGUGUAAAUUUGACAGAACACAGAAGAUAAGGAAGCAAACAUCCCCCAAUCCAAACUACAACACUUUUAACUAGGGUAGCACCUCGAGUCUUCGGGGUUCUGUUCGGGGUUUUUGCCAAAAAAUAGUCGGGAUUUCGGGGGUCGGGUCGGGGUGAUGCCUAAGAAUUUGUCGGGUUUCAGGGGACGGGGUGUUACUCUACUUUUAACCAAACUUAAUAAAAAAAUUAAUUUCUUUUUUUUCAAUUUUCACAGUGUA